AUGCGGGCGGCGCGUGUGGACGUGACGCUCGAGGAGCCGGUGCUGGCCACGGGGGCGGACCCCGCGCAGCUCAAGGUGGGGCUCACGGUGCGGCUGCGGGCGCAGGAGGGUGCUGCGGCGGGUGAUGUGGACGGGCUCUGGGCGUGCGGCACGGGGGAUGCGCCGCUGUUUUUCGUGCCGAGGAAGACGCUCGAUGGAUGUAGGGUGCCGGAGGGGUACGAUGUGGGGACCAUUAGGACGCUGCGACGGCAAACGGGCGGCGGGAGUGUGCCUACGAUGCUGGUGCUGCGGGUGACGCGUGGGGAGGCGCAGCGCGACACGGGGGCCGCGGGCGCGCCGGAACAGGAGGCCCAGGGGCAGCGGGAGCGCCCUGCAUUCCUGAGAGAGUUUGCCGCCGGAGACGACGACGAGGCAUUCCGGCUCGCCCGCGCGCAGCUCGACCGCGUCUCGAACGACCCCCGAGUCCGCAACUUCCUGCGGGACCCGCGGCUGCAGAAGAUCAUCGCGCACAUCGACGGGUGCGGGGACGACGCGGAAACGGCCCUCGAGGCCGCGCAGACGCAGAACGCAGACUUCCGCGAGUUCACCGACGCCAUCCUGGACCUCGUGUCCGCCACAUAG